UUUCAGUUUCGCGCAAAACGUGGAACCGGCUGGUCAACACAACAAGGCUAGAAAAUAAUUUUCAACCAAAAAUUGGAAAAAUCGGCAUUGGUCUGAGAGAAGGAGGAACAUUCAGAUUGCCCCGAACGAUAGUUUUUUGAUUAAUUACGUUCAGUUGCAGUCAUUUGCAUAUUCGCUAUUGUAUUGUCUUAAACUUGGCUAAAACGGCGUCUAACGAAAAGCCAAAGAAAAACUGCAAGCUGCAAAACCGGAAAUUCUAGAUCUCUCGGGGAUCUCACGAUCCAAGCAUUAAUAAACAAAACAAACAAACAAAAAACCUUUCAGUUGUUGCUGAAAUUAAAGCGGUACUUUGGCGACAAUUGCAAAAAAACGGCUUAAAGGGAGAAAUAAAAAAAAAAACGCCCAUAAAAAGUGACACAAUUAAAGCAAAAAACAAAGAAAAAAGUGUUCGGUGUCGGUGUAUGUCCAGUCGAGAUCUCGUACCCCCCUGCCAGACGUAUACCUAUCCACUAUAUAUUUUUUUAGCCCCCGAGAAACGCUGAGUGUUGAGUUUAUUUCUGUUUUUGUGUGUCGGCUUCAGAGGUUUUCGCUUUUUUUCCGUUUCAAUAUUUCUUUUUUGCUGGCCAGGCCAGGGGAAAGAAUCGGAAAAUCGGAGGAAAAUCGUGCGCUCUUAAAAGUAACAUAUUUAUUUUUAACAAUUUCGCAACCAUUCGAAUUCUGCUCCAGCAAAAAGUCAAAAACUCAGAACUCACAAGCCAGACAAUCGCACAACCAGAACAACAACAAUAAAUAGAUCGGCGGCGCGAUCGUAAAAGCAAAAAACCAAAACAGCGGUGGCGGCCGGCAACUUGGCUCUUAAGAUUUAGUUUGGACAAUCGUCAGGCAGGAAAACAGGAAGAGCAGGAAAAACAGUGACAGGCACAGGCAGUCACAAGUCAAGGAUAGAAAUCGGUGCGGCGGAGGAGGAGCAGCAGGAGGACCGGAUCAUUUCGAUAGAGAUGUCCACGGCCACUUGUGCCCGCUUUUGCACGCCUUUGACAUCCGGCACGGGAUCCUCAUCAAAAUUGACAACCGGAACCGGAAGUGGUAGCGGCGCCAACAUGACGUCAUCGUACAAGAAGAAAAUUCCAUCAAACACCACAAAUGACAGCAACACAGAAGCCACAUUCACAUUCAAAUUGGGAAGAGCCACCGGACCCGGAUCCUCGUCCGUGCACGGACGCAGUAGCAGCAACGUGGCCUCCAGCGAGUCAUCCGAUCCUCUGGAGUCUGAUUACAGCGAAGAGGAACCGGACCAGGAGUCGGUUCCUGUCCAGCCCCGGACGAAUAGUCGAAGCAGCAGCAGUGCCACCACCACCACCAGCUCGGCCGACCAUGACAAUGACGUCGACGAGGAGGAGGAGGAGGACGACGACGAGGACGAGGAUGGAAAUGGCCGGGAUGCGGAUGACGUAACCCACGAUUCCAGCGAGAGCAUCGAGGAGGACGACGGCAAUGAGACCGACGACGAGGAGGACGAGGACGACUCCGAGGAGAGCAGCAGCGUGCAGACGGCCAAGGGAGUCCGCAAAUACCACUUGGACGACUAUCAAAUAAUCAAGACAGUGGGCACUGGCACCUUUGGACGGGUGUGUUUAUGCCGUGAUCGCAUUUCGGAAAAGUACUGUGCCAUGAAGAUUUUGGCCAUGACCGAAGUCAUUCGUCUCAAACAGAUCGAGCAUGUCAAGAACGAGCGGAAUAUUUUGCGCGAAAUCAGACAUCCGUUUGUCAUCAGCCUGGAAUGGUCUACUAAGGAUGACUCAAAUCUCUACAUGAUCUUUGAUUAUGUCUGCGGUGGUGAGCUGUUCACAUAUCUGCGCAACGCAGGAAAAUUUACUAGUCAAACUUCCAAUUUCUAUGCGGCUGAAAUCGUCAGCGCCUUGGAAUACCUGCACUCCCUGCAAAUUGUCUAUCGGGAUCUGAAGCCAGAGAACCUUCUGAUUAAUCGCGACGGCCAUUUGAAAAUCACGGACUUUGGCUUCGCCAAGAAACUGAGGGAUCGAACCUGGACCUUGUGCGGAACGCCGGAGUACAUAGCACCUGAGAUAAUACAGUCCAAGGGCCACAACAAGGCGGUAGACUGGUGGGCAUUGGGUGUCCUUAUUUAUGAAAUGCUCGUGGGCUAUCCACCAUUCUACGAUGAGCAACCGUUUGGGAUCUACGAGAAAAUAUUGAGUGGCAAAAUUGAGUGGGAGCGUCACAUGGACCCCAUUGCCAAGGACUUGAUCAAAAAGUUGCUCGUCAACGAUCGAACCAAGCGAUUGGGCAACAUGAAGAACGGUGCUGAUGACGUGAAGAGACAUCGCUGGUUCAAGCACUUGAAUUGGAAUGACGUCUACAAUAAGAAACUUAAGCCGCCAAUUUUGCCCGAUGUACAUCACGAUGGUGAUACUAAAAAUUUUGAUGAUUAUCCCGAAAAGGAUUGGAAGCCCGCCAAGGCAGUAGACCAAAGAGACUUGCAGUACUUCAAUGAUUUCUAAAUAUGAGAAGGAAAUUGUCGUUUUUUGUUUUCUGUUGAAAAUUGUGUAUAAUUUGCGACAGCAAUAACAUUCAUUAUUUAUACUGGCAAUUAAGUGUUUUUAGUGCUGUGCUAAUGCAAUGAUAUGUAACGGUACAUACAUACAUACAUAAAUAUUAUUUAUAUCUAUAUUAUAAUAUACGACUAUACAUAAAACCUAAACAUACACAUAUUACAUAGUAAGACUAAGUUUAUAUUCGUAAUAUUAUGUUUAGUGAGCGACUUCUAUUAUUUAUAAAUAUUUAAUUGUUUAAAUGUUAUCAUCGAGCAAUGCCCCCACAAUUACCUAUAAAAUAAAAGAAACCGAGUACGGUUGAAACAAUAUUAUUAAAGAAAAUAAAUAAAUAAAUUAAAAGCAAGAAAUAUUAACGUAAAACGUUGAAUAAAGUGAUAUAAACUGAGAAAAGUC